AGUAGCAGCAGUGGCAGUAGCAGCAGUAGCAGAGGAGGAGCGUCUGUUUUCGAUCCUCAGUGAUGGGUUGCGCGCGGGAGGAGCAGGUCACCAUUACGCGCGCGGUGGAGAGGGUGCGCUGAGGUGCCCGGGACCAGCACCAACGAGAACGAGGCGCGUAAAAGCGACGUCCUUGAGCGUGUGGAAAGCACUGCGGAGGAAGAAUCAAGAUGAAAAUCAAACUAUGGAACGUACAGAAGAGGCUCUGACUGUGAAACCGUGAACAAACCCGAGCAAGUUUUUGUCCAAUCUGACGCCCCAUCAUGGAGUCGGCUCACCUUCUGGGCACCUCGAAGAAGAGAGUGAAGAUCCACCCGCACACAGUGACCGCCCAAUACGCCACCCGCGCCCCUUACUCCCCCCAACCGGGCAUCCACACCCACUUCCCCCAACCUGGAGACGAGGGCUACGACGACGCGCCAUCCUUCGAGGACUUUGGAUCUUUCUUAGAAGAGACAUCGGACAAAAAACGUUUAACAGAAGGCAAGAAAUGGCCGCUGACUUUAUUCACCUCAAAAGACAGCGCCCCGAAGUCUCCAUCUGCAGCGGGGACGAGUGGAGAGGGUGCGGACGGUAGAGCACCCAAGGGAUCCUCCAGUAAAGGCGUAGGGGAGCAGCUGGCUAGUUUUGGGGAAGCUUCGGUGUCUGCGUCUCGGUUGACAUGGCUGGGGUUACUUGGAGCAGGAUUAGCGCACGCCGUUCUCAUCGUGCUAACCAGAGUUGCAUCCGAACAGUUCAAAUUGGGUCCGCUGUUUUUGCUGUUGGUGCGGUCCGUUCUUCAACUCAUUUCUAUCGCCGUGCCGCUACAAAAAGGUGAAAAUCCGUUCGGACCGAGCGGCUAUCGGCUUCACCUCCUCUUCUAUGGCAUUGCGUACUCACUCUCCUUGUGUUGCGCCUACUCCUCUUUGACUUUUAUCUCCAAUGGCAACGCCACGACAACAUGGCGACUCAUGACCACGGCCCUCUCCGCCAUCCUCGCGUUUCUGCUCCUCGAAGAACGAUUAGGUUUGACAGACGUUAUCUCGAUCAUCGCUGGACUUUUUGGAUUGGGGCUUGUCUUGCUUCCUACAGUUGACGAGUACAACGUGGACACUCCUUCAGACCCUGUUGUGUUUUGGAAAGGGGCGUUUGGUUGGUCGCUCUCUGCACUUGCAGGACUUUGGAUGGCGUUAGCGCUCGUUGGAUACCGAUCGCUAAAGGAAAAAGUUGGCGUGGGCACUGCCCUCUUCACAGUCAGCUGGACAGGUUGUAUUCUGUCUCCUGCUACUCUUGCUCUUCUCCAGGAGGGGUGGUCUUGGCCAAUGAGCGCCCAAGCUUGGGGGCUUAUUCUGGGACUAGUCACUUGCUCCGUCGCUGCCUUCUUGGGGAUGACUCACGCUCUCACUCGCCUACACCCCGCGAUAGUUUCGGCAUCUCAAACUGUGGAGGUACCUCUCGCCAUGCUCCUGUACCUCGCCGUACUGCCAGAACCGCCCUCCGCACUCGAAAUCAUCGGGAACGUUUUUGUUUUAAUAAGUGUGAGUUGGAUGGUGGCGAUGAAGUUGUUACCGUCCCGAGUUGUGCCCCGACGCCAAAGGGAGGAGUACGAAGAGAUCCUGGAUUCACCCAUUAAAUAGAUGACUCACAGCUCUCACAAUGCCAAGAAACACAACCUCAAAUGCAAAAUAUGUUGGGGCACUUUGUAAAAGCCAGAAUGUAUUUUUUCCUUUUACUUGAUCAAAGAAAAUAACACGAUUCUUUCCACUUACACACCAGGGCAGUAUUUCUCAAACUGUUGUAUGUGAAAUGAUUGUGGUGGUUCAUAACUUCUUCAUUGAAAAAAAAUCCUUUGUUGUAAUGUUGUCCUUUUUUAGACUUGGGCUAGUUUAGACCUGGUAUAGUCCUGGUUUAGACCUGGUGAUACUUGGAAAGCCAAGUUUGAGAAGCUGCAAUAAAAUGUCAUUAGAUAAACUGAUUUAAACUAUUUUACACAUUUCAAAAUUGUAACCGGCAGCAAAAGCCUUAUUCAUUGUUUUAUAUUCAUAUAUUUAUUGCUGAUGCAGAUUUAAAGUUAAGGUAGAAUCAUAGACUGUAUAUGUAAAUGGACAUAGCUGAACUGCUAGCAUGAUAGCAAGUGAUCAUAGACGUGCUUCCAGCUCCAUCAACUCUGGCUUAAAUUAAUUUUACAUAAAAAAAAUUGUCAUGUCUCUCUCUUCUUAUCAUUUGGCCUUUAAAUGUUCGCAUUAUUAUUGUUUUUAUUUCGCUAUUUUGUCCGUAAAUCAAGGUAUGACCAUUAAUAAUGAACAAAUCAGGUGUCUUCUUUCCCCAAAGUCACUCCCGCUAGCGUUAGCAACCGAUUUGAUUGACAGCGUUGCUAAGCUCCCACUCUCUCCUAAACCAGCUUGAAAUUUUCAUAUUAUUAUUGUUUUUAAUUCGCUAUUUUAUCCGUAAAAUCAAGAUAUGACCAUUAAUAACCAACAAAUCAGGUGUCUUCUUUCCCCGAGGUCAAUGCCGCUAGCGUUAGCAACAGAUUUGAUUGACAGCUUUGCUAAGCUCCCACUCUUUCCCAAACCAGCUUAAAAUGUUUGUUAUUAUUGUUUUUAUUUCGCUAUUUUGUCUGUAAAUCAAGAUAUGACCAUUAAUAACCAACAAAUCAGACGCCUUCUUUACCCAAGGUCACUCGGGUAAAGAAGGCAUUAGCAACAGGUUUGAUUGACAGCGUUGCUAAGUGCCCACUCUCUCGUAAACCAGGAGGAUGUUAUCUCCAACAGCGUGGCUCCGGAUUGGCUCUUUGGUUACUAUGAUACUCGCAGUUGGAAUUGCAAAUGUGAAACUCGGCUCUAAAUUCGCCGCUAUAACUGCUAGUAUCGAUUAGCUUCAUGUGACUGGAGCUGAACGCUGUGGGUGACGUCACGUUCACUUUGUCUGCUUAUUUAUACAGUCUGUGCGUAGGAUUUAUUGUGCUAAUCUUGGGGUAGGUUACUGGUGGCGAGGAGUACCUAGCUUGAGAAUUAGCCCAUAUAGUGCACUGAAAACUGCCCAAAAACGUGCAAAUUCCACCAAAAAACCCCCGCCAUAUUGACACAAGGAUCUUUACAAAGUGUCCCGACUGUUUCUGAACCUGCGUUUGUCAUACUGAUUGUACAUAAGAGACUUGAUGCUAAAUGUUUACUGAAGCUUUAUCUAUUUUGUAUCGUCUUUGCUUUUGGGAAAGUGCCAAUCUUGUGUUGUUUGUUCAGUGAUGUCGUGAUCAUGUGACAUUAAAAUUAACGAAAAGCAC